AGAAAAUAAAACAAACAGGAAACGAAGAGCAGAGCUCACAGAGAGCUGGACCAGGACAGGAACCAGCAGAACCAGCAGAGAGACCAUCGAGUGAGGACCACACGAUCCCUGCAGGACUUAGCAAACAAGAGAAGAAAGGAAUAAACGGAACUGACCUGAGGACAGCAGAACAUCAGGAGGACUUUAACCCGAAGAGCUGUGGAGGGUCCCAGAGACGUCUCAGAUCUGACCAGAGUUACUGGAUCGCUUGCUCAGUGAGAAGGUGUCCCCCACCCCCACUCCCUCCCCCUUGCCCCUCCCUCAGAGCCAUCAUGCCCAUCCUCAAGAACCUCCCGGUGCGCUUGAAAGGCGGCGGUCCAACUCUAGACAACGCCCUGUUCAUCCGCAGGAUGAGUCUCAACAUCACCCCUCACCACAACCCCUUUGAACAUGAUGAUGAAGACCGUAUCCACAGCAACGGUAGUCACAGUGACCACUGGUCACCCGGAAGCUCUUUAUUGGACGGCGAUGUGCCGAGGGACCGCAACCCCUUUAGGGACGAGGAGGGUGAGAACGAAGCCAACGAGGGUAAAAAGGGAAGCGGCAGAGGAGCAGGGGGGGUGAAGGGGUCAUUCAAGUUCAAGUCUCCCCUGAAGAGUCUGGGAAAACUGGGGAAGAACCUGAGGGUCUCAGGAAGGAGCAAAGGGGGAGACACACCCUCCCCCCAGGGCUCAUUACAGGGAACACCUUCACCUUCAGAGAAGAAGAAGAGAGGAAGGAGGAGCUCCGAGGGUAGUCUUCUCAGGUUUGCUGGUAAAUACCGAGACUCCCUGAGUUCCCGUAAGGAGUCGCUGGCAAACGGUGAGCUGAACUGCUCGGAGAGCGAGUGCGACUCGGCCAGCCGCCGCCUGUCCUUCAUGAAGAUGGUGGGUCUGGGGAAGCUGAAGAAGGAGUCCGGGGGCGACCGCUUGUCACAGGGCACUGAGGACCAGUUGGUGCAGGAGGAGGUGGUUGAGGAGGUGAAACCGCGAGAGCCGCUGUCAGUUCUGGAGAUCCUGCAGCUGGUAAAGAAGCGAGACCUGUUCUUAGCCGACAUCCACAUCCUGGAGCUGGAGCAGGAGUGUACAGAGUCUUCCGGCGCUGAGCCCGAGGACGCCACCAGCCCCAGUGUGAAGGACGGCAGCCGGAGGAAGGCCAAGGAUGUGGAGCUGCUGUACGAGGAGCUGCAGAAGGAGCUGUGGGCCGUUGUCAGGGAGUCGCUCAGGUCUCCAACCGCUGGGCCCAACCUGGGUCUGGUAGUUCAGGUUCUGCAGCAGGAGGAGCAGGCUGACCAAACCUGGAGCCUCCAAGAAGGAGCAGCCCCUGGGGGCCCAAGGCCCCGCCGCCUCAAGCAGAGGUGGAGGGAGGCGUUAGAGGAGGCUGCCGACAGCUCCCUUCCUCAGAGGGCAGAGUUUACAGCUGGAGAGCUGGACAAGUACCUGGACCGACUCCGGGCCCGAGCGGUGGAGGACCUGGGGGCUGCCAAUAGGAAUGUGGUGUCCAUCUACCCUCCAGAGUACCAGGCCUUCCAGGUGUAUGUGGAGAGCUACCACCAGGCUGUGGCGAAUCGCCUGAGAGGCAUCACGGACCACCAGCUGGAGAUCAGUGACAUCUACUCUCUACUGGACUGGCUGCACAACAUCUACAGCAGGGACGUUCUGGGGACAGUUUGCAUAACGAGUCCCUUUAGCCGCGCCCCGCUCGGCCCGCUGUUGCCCUCAGAGACCGUGGACCGACUGGAGCUGGACUGUCUGAACUCGGUCCGGGCAAAGGUGACCACAGAACUGAGCCAGGUUCUGGAUGAGGAGGAGAAGAGGUGGAUGGAGAAUCUGAACGUUGAAGAAUACCAAAUCAGUCUGGCCAAAAACGUCAUACAGAGGUUGCAGGUGGACCUGGAGCGCUCCGCCUCCAUCAACAGGUCGUUGGGCUCCAGAGUGGCUCAGUGCAGCCUGAACGGACUGGCUGACUUCCUGUACAGCUUCCAGAGGAAGGUUGAGAUGUUCCACGAAGGGAUGCAGAGCGGCAUGUUUGGAGAAAGCGAGGAUGGCUACACGGCCAGAACCAUCGCCAUGGUCAACUGCUGUCCCCCGUUUAGAGGUUUUGUGCAGCGCUGUGCUCAGUGUGACCCGUCCGUCAGCGAGGACUCUCUGAAGCGGGCCAACAGGUCUCUGGACCUCAUCGUCCAGCAGGGUGUCAGAGUUCUGUCAGAGAGACUCUACCUGCACAUCAGGAUGUUUUUUGAGCGUCUGGUGAAGAGGAAGUGGCUGAGUAACACAGAACCCUACGAGCAGAUCGAAGCCCUCAUCAAGGAGGACUUCAAGAAGUAUUGCAGGAUGGACAGUCCUCCUUAUCAGUUCCUGGUGGCUGAAGUCCACCGGCGGGUGGUGAUGGAGUACCUCCGCUCCGUCAUGAGGGGCAGGAUCAUCUGCACCUCCAUGAAGAUGAGGAAGAGGAUGGCUGGUCGGCUCAGAGAUGAAGGCAAACAGAUCAAAAUCCUCUUUAAAGACCUGGAGUCUCCGUCCAGCUGGUUGGACAGCGCCCUGUCUCGUAUCUCAGAGAUCAUCCAACUGGAGGACGUCCCGUCCAUUCAGAUGGAGGUCGGAGUUCUGGUCCAAGAGUUCCCGGACAUCAGGAAGAAGCACGUGUCAGCCAUCUUGAACAUCCGAGGAAUGACUCGACAGACGGAGCGCCAGGAGAUUCUGAACAUUGUCAAAGAUAUUGAGAGCAGCGACGCCGGCCCGAGUCCCCUGUCCCGGGACCGGGCCCUCUUUGCGGAGGUACCGGUCACGUCGGAGGUCCACUGCCUGAACGUGGGACUGAGCCGGAUCGCCCUCACGGCCUCGUCCUGCCUCUCUGCUUUCAGACCUCGCAGACGCAAAACCCGAACGCCGGUUCAGGAGAACCCAGAGGAUGUUCUGUAAUUGAGCCCAAACUCAAUUUGAGAAGCAGAACUUUUUUACUUAAAUUGUUCAUUAUUGGAUGGAACCAGAACUCAGAGCGUUAUAGAAAAAAGCAGGUCUGGUCGGACCCUUCUGGUUCGUUUGAAGUGCAACCCGUUUAGCCCGGCUCAAACUUGAGCUCCUCUCGAUCCUGCCGAUUCUUUUCACAGCGAAUGAACAGUUCUUCAGUCCUUUUCACUGGAUGAGCUCUUUAAAUAAUCUUAGAGUAGAGAAUGAAUCCAGAAUAGCUCUCUGACAGGGGGAGGGGCUUGUUGGUAGAGGAGGAGUUUGUUGAUGAGAAGGAGGCGGAGUCUCCUUUAAGAAUGGAGACUCCAAACCUGAUUUGGUUCCUCGUGUUUGAUUCCCAUUCCUGAUAAACUGAAGGUCCAUUGAUCCGGUUUCAGGCUCAACAGAACCAUUUUAAUCCGAUUCCGAUCCAACGCUCCAGCAGGAACUUAAUACAAACCACGACCAUGUCUCAAUCCCAGCUGUGGAAGCCGGACCGAGAGCCUGUAGCAGGAGGACCGGUGAGAUCUUUGGAAUCUGGGAUUUAUGGAGCAGUUUCAAGAUUUACUGAGACUUAAUCUAAAGGUACUUUUAGAGUUCAGAGUAUUUAAAUCUGAUAAUGUUUGGAACUUUUAUUCAUCUUGAUCUGUAAAGUAAAUGUACCACAGACCGUCUGGUGUUGGUCGACCUUGCAGAGAUGAUCAAAGGGAGUCUAACUCUAGGUAUUUAACAGACGCUCCGCUUUAAAGCCAUGCAGCAUUUUAGACGUGUUCACAUUUUAUUUCUUACAAUUUUAAAUUUCAGAUGAUUUUCUUUCAAAUGUUUUAAGUCUUGGUCAGAACACGCAGAUUUUAUGAAUAAAAGCUGAAAGCAGGAAACGAUGCAGGAUGGAGAUGGUUUUAUCCUAAAGGACGCCGGUCCUGUAAUCACGAGAGACUUGGAAUUGAGUCGAUUGACUUGAAAACACACGGAGUGAAGAUGAAAAUAAUCAUUUCUGGGAAGUAAAACAAUUUUAUUCUGAUAAAGACUUGAUUCUGUCAGAUGAACUCACCUGUUAACAGCUGACUAGUAAUUAAUUCUAAUUAUUCUGUAAUGAAAUUACAGAUUUAGUCAAAUGAUUGUCUCUAAAGUUUAAGGCUUGUUUUUGGGACCGACAUGUGACUUGAUCUCACUUGUGAGGCUCCUGCCUGUUUUGCUGUUUGAUCUGUCUGAAUGACAUUUCUAAUGAAACUUUUCAACCAGAGAUUAACCCACUAAGGAUCAGAUGUUUGUUUAAUUUGCUGUUUAGAGCUGUAGGCCGUGUGGACAUCUGCUAAGAUCUGCAUCAGGUGAUGUAUGGUAAUAAUAAUAAACUUCAUUUCAUUGAAA